CCAGACCAGCCACCUCGAACCCGAUAAGUCGAAGAACUUACUUGGGCUAGGACGGUUCGUUCCGCGCUCCAUUUAUUUACAACCUUUUGCCUGACCUGUUGAAAGACCUGUACAAAGCCUGUUGACCUUUUAUUUGUGCAAAUGAUGAUAUUUUUGCAUAAUCUGGCGGGCCGAGAUAAAAAUACGCGAGAGUCAAAACGAUAAAAAUGAGAUCACGAUAACGUGAGAUUCUAUUUUUAAAUAGAAGCGAAAAACAAUAUAGUGUUUGAGCCCCGAUCCGGCAACUAGUUGUGAAAAUUAAUAUAGAUAUAUAACUAACUAUAGGUCAAAUAAUAAAUGGUGUUGUUUUACAAAGCCCAAUUGUUAAUUUGUCCAUACAUUUGAAGGAUCUUGUGCUUUGAGAAUUACUAUCCUAGAAUUAAACUACAGUUCGACUUAAAUGUAGACGAAAAUGAUGUUGCCGCAACUGGUGUUCCCUGUUUUUGGCUAGGCUUCUGCCGCUUUGAGCCACUUUUGUUAAACUUGUUGCCUGAAUUGCUUGUUGCACUGGUACUGUUAGCCAGUAGUUUCUGACGACGGAGGAGCAGCGUUACAGAUUGAGAAAAAUCGGUCAAUGGAAACGGGCUUGUAAGCAGGUGCAACAGCUUCGAGAGCCAGCCACAGACUUAGAUCCAUUUUCCAGGAGGGAGAGGACCACUAGAAUGUCGCUGAAGAAGGAGACGCCCUCCGAUGUGCAGUUGCACAUGGCGGCCAUGAGGGGCGAUGAGGUGGCUCUUCUUCGGGUUCUCGACAGCGGAAAGGUCCACGUGGAUUGCAAAGACGAGGAUGGAACGACACCUUUGAUUUUGGCUGCCGCUGGAGGCCACACCUACUGCGUAAUGGAACUCCUUGACCAGGGGGCCGAUCCCAACUCCCGCCGUCUCACAGGCACGACACCCCUCUUCUUUGCCGCCCAGGGCGGCCACCUGGAUGUGGUUAAGAUCCUGAUGAAGGCCGGUGCUAGUGUGGACACGCCUUCGGCGGAUGGAGGCACGCCCCUCUUUGUAGCCGCCCAGGGCGGGCAUGUGAAGAUAGUGCGUGAACUUCUGGACUGCGGGGCGAAUGUCAACGCACACAUGAAGGAUCGUGCCACGCCAGUGUUUAUAUCAGCCCAGAAUGGGCACCGGACAGUGUUGUCCCUGUUGAUCCAGGCGGACGCCGAGAUCGAUGUGAAGCGUAUGGACGGUGCCACACCCCUUUGGAUAGCUGCUCAGAUGGGCCAGGACCACAUCUGCAAGGUACUGCUGCAGAACGGUGCCAAUGUGGAUACGGUGCGCUGCGACGGCGCUACCCCGCUCUUUAAGGCCGCCCACAAGGGCCAUGCGGCGGUCAUCACCGUGCUGCUCAAGUACCGCCCCAAUCUGGGCCUGCUACCCAACGGGGAGUCGGCGCUGCAUGCGGCGGCCAUGUUCGGGCACAUGACCGUCUGCAAGCAGUUGGUGGCCGCCGGGAGCGAUGUGCUGCUGAAGAACCAGGAGGGUCUUACGGCCCUGCAGCUGGCCCACCAGCAGAAGUACACCUCCAUCUGUGAUUACCUCCAGGAGCGGGUGCGGACGGUGGUUGCGCGCUCCGCUAAGGCGCUGGCCCCCAACACGAUCACAUCGGGAUUGACCCCAAAGGUCACGACGAUGUCGGCGUAAGAAAGACAUCGGCCUUCACGCCUCCAAUGUACCUUUUUGCACAAUACGUUGGCCUUUUUGCUUAUGUUUACAUAAAAUUCGAAAGCAAGGCACCGGGCAAUCCAUCAGGGGAGAAUUCAUAAUUGUAGCUUCAAUUUGGAUAAUAAUACAUUAAAUUCUCUUCAGAGUGUAUUGCCCCGUGCGGGGUUACCCAAACACCCCAUCCUCAACGCAAGAAUAACCGAAUAAUAAUUCACUACUAAGAACACGUCCAUGCUAAAGCAAAUAGCAGCCCCCAGAAUAUGAAAACCUUAUAUAUAUUAGAUAAUGCGUAUCAUUCAUAUAACAAAACACUUUGAGCUUGUAUUUUUGAAUUUAAAUCUAAACAUAUGUAACAAUAACAACAAAGAUACUGAUCACUAUAAAAAUGUUAACAUGGACCCAAAACUAAUAACGCAACAAUGUCCUCUGUACAUAAUCAUGCAUAUAAAGUACUAUUUUAAUUAUACUUAAAUCUAUUUAUAGUCCAAAAAUUACCCUAAGCAAUUGUUGACGAGUGCUUUAAGUUUUGCCGCCUUCUUGUAUUUAAUUAGAUAUUAGUUAAACUUGAUGGUUUUCAGCUUAUUUUUCUGUAAAAAUACUUAUUAAUUUUGUACCUAAUUCGCAAGUUUAAUAAAUCGACCCAAAACAAG